AUGGAAAGUGGGAAGUCUACGGCUGGUUUGCCACAACGGCGCAACGAAUCAAAACAGUACACAUUUAAAAUAUUAAAAUAUCUCAGCAAAGAAACGCCAUACAAGCGUACCCAUCUGCACUACUUCAAAACGAUUUUACGUCGCAACCAGCCGACGCUGCUGAACAUGUCGCUGACCGUACCAGAAGUGCUGAACUAUGUAUGGGUGAGAAUUAAGCUGCACUACAAGUUUAACACCUUCCAGCCAUUUCUGAUCGAUAUGGAGCAGGAAGCUUGCGAAUAUAUAAGGAAUCGUCCGAUCAUUCCACAGACCGAUUAUAUAUAUGAAACGUUCGUAAAACGUUUACCAGCCAUUGCCGGACCAUGUCCGCAUGGGAAUAGAACAUAUGAUAUCGUUUGGUGGCUCGAGGAGCGGCAUACACCGCGCUCCAUUCCGGCAGGAGAGUAUCGGCUGGAUAUGAAAUUUGUCGCCAUUGAUAACGUGACGCUCUUUGCUUCGGAAACGUACUUUACGGCUAGGCGUAACGGUAUCUUACGCUCGAUGAUUGAAUGGUAA